AUGAUUCAUCGGAUAGGCUCAACACACUCUGCAGCUAUGCUCUAUGAUGCGAUGGAAGCAUUUGAAGAUGGUGAUGCAAAGGCCAAUGAAAACAUGCACUCUGUAAAUUCUGCAGAACAACUUAAUGUGGCUAUUGAAGUCAAUAUUUUGGCGGCAUUGGCAGAACUAGAGCCUACACAGCAGAAAAGGUAUUUACGUGCUGCUAUAUACGGGAAGGCUUUCUGUUCAAAUAGCGUGCAGGAUGGUUGCAUAGUUUCGGCUGUGCGAAAAAUGCGGGUUCUAAAUCACAUGCGUCGUGUAGACCCGGGAAUUUUUCUCACAGCACUUCAGUAUGAAUGGCUCGCUCCAUAUGCUUUAAUUGACCGCCUCCUAGCUCGAAAGCAGCACCAAGUGGCUCUAAGUAUGUGCCAGCUCUUAGGCAUUGCGCAAGACAAGGUUCUCAUCCACUGGGCGUGUGCCAGACUGCGAGAAUCAGUGGCUGCUCCAACAUUGGAUGAACAUCUUAGAGAUGAAAUAAAGGUGCACUUACCUACACGGGACUGUGCGCUUCCUUACGUGAGGAUAGCGGCUGCUGCCGACCUGAUUGGUCGCCGAAGACUGGCAAUCAUGUUGCUUCGACACGAAACAUGUGCGACCGAGCAAGUAAAAUUGCUUCUUAGUAUGAGGGAAUACGACUGUGCACUAAAUCAGGCGGUGAGCUCUAUGGAGGUUGAUGUCAUACAUCUUGCCUUGCUAAGUAUAGAACGAGCACUCUCGAGUGCUGGUGUUGCUGUAGACUCCUUUUACAGCUUGAUUGCUGUUCACAAGGAUGCAUCAAGCUUGUUACACGCUCUCUAUCGUGAAUAUUUACUCAGGGGUCAGCACAAGCACAAGCUACUUCAUAAUCUUUUUAUGAAUCCUAGCCUACCCAUUAAAUUUUCAGAGGCUGGAAAUUUAGCCAUAAAAAUAGGCUACCGGGAGGCAUCAAGGACCAUUCGGUUUGAAAGAAUGCGAGAAGCCAUUGCCCUCUACGCCCAGUCGCGAGACUCGCAGUUUCAGGCGAAACAAACUGAAGAGCACCUCGAUCUACUAGAAACGCAAAUUGAAUUCGAAGCCCGAUACGGUGUUGCAUGUUUCCUCGAUAUGUCUGUUACUGAGUCGAUAUACAACCUCAUUGCGCUGGGUGCGAGUCAAACUAGUCUUGGAACGACACUUCAGUCGGAUGCGCUCAGGAUACAGCGCCGCUUCAGAGUACCUGAUCGCCGCUUUUGUCAUAUUAAGGUCAAAGCACUCGCUGCAUCCGGGCAGUGGGCUCAGUUUCAUGCCUUUGCCGUAGAGAGACGACCUCUGAUAGGCUACAGGCCAUUCAUACUUGCUCUAGUCAAUUGCAAUCAACCCACAUCGAAGGUCUUGAAGUAUGUAGAUCGAGUCCAAUCGGUGGAUGAGCGGUUUAGUUUGCUUGUAGAGUUCAAACUGUGGCGGCCGGCAAUCGAGACAGCUAGUCGUCUAAAUGAUCUUGAGAAGUUCAUUCAGUUGCAGAGUUCAAGUUGCAACGACCCGCAGCUUAGGGCAGAAAUAAGCCAGCAGUUGAUCAGGCUGGGUGGAUUUUGAUGACACUUGAUGAAAACAACAGCUGAAGCUUCGCGCGCGGGGAGGGCGCAUGAGGAGGGAGGCCACGGAGCUCAAUUAGACGAAUACGCCGCACUGGACAGGGGUCCGGAGACUGGCGCGUCCCGCCAGGGGUGCGGAGAUGGCGCGCCCGGCCAGGGCCGCCAGGGAGGCCUCGCUGGGGGGCCUGCAAGGGAGGCCCCGAACGCGGGAAAUACGACACCUUCUAGUUUGGACCCCAUCCGCGCCCCCGGCGCCUGAAUAAAGCCCUAAUAAAGCCCCCAGCCGCC